AUGGAGGAGAAGUGGAAGCUGUCCAAGAAAGAUACAACAGCUUCUUCUUCUUCUAAGUCAAAGUUCUCUAGAAGCUUCUCAACAAGCGCUUCCUCCACAAAGUCUCCAGUAUUCAUAAGAAGUUCAUCAACUAAAUGCUCUGUUCCUUCCUCAUCCUCUUCCUCAUCUUCUUCAUCUUUAAUCUCCAGAAGCUUCUCAAGAAAAGAGAGAAGAUCCUCUUCCUCUUCUUCAUCUUCUUCUUCUAUCACUCAGAAAUACAGCAGCUUGGCUAAAGAACAGAAGGCAAGGUUUUACAUCAUGAGAAGGUGUGUGGCUAUGCUUGUUUGUUGGCAUAAACAUGGAGAUUCUUAA